AUGACGAGAAAAGGCUUGCGAAACCUCUUGCAGUGCAAACCCUUCGGCCGUCGCCACCACAGAGACAGCCAGUCCGCCGCAGCUACCGCUUCUUCUUCUUCUUCUUCGUCGUCGUCGUCGUUGGAGGAGAAGGUGGCGAGAGCAGAGGUGGUUGUUAUCAAAUGGGACCCGGAAUCCUCCGCCUACGCCAAGAUCACUUCCCUCUUCUAUGAAGACCGCUCCGAGGCCCGCAAAUUCCUGGCUGAGGCCUCCGACCUGCAGCGUGCCAUGCUCGUCUUCGUCGCGGACGCCGAGCCCGCGAGCCUUUCCCACCCGUGCCUCGUCCGCGCGCAGACCCUCAUGCAGGCCGCCAUGCGCCGCCUCGAGAAAGAGUUCUUCCAGAUCCUUGCCGCCAACCGCGACCUCCUCGACCCUGAGUCCGUCUCCGUCCGCUCCGCCUACUCCAGCGUCUCCGAGGGGCCGGACUAUGACCCCUGGGAGAACUCCCCAGAGGAGGAGGCGCACUUGGCCGGGAAGUCUAUCGGCGAGGUCGAGCGCGCCGCCGGCGUGGUCAUGGCUGACCUCCGCGCCAUCGCCGAUACCAUGGUCUUCGCCGGCUACAGAAAGGAGUGCGUCAGGACCUACAAGUCCCUCCGCAAGUCCAUCGUCGACGAGGGCCUCUACCGGCUCGGCUUCGAGCGCCUCGCUCCUGCCCAAAUCCAGAAGCUGGACUGGGCGGUGCUGGAGCUAAAAGUCCGGUCUUGGCUAGUUGCCUCCAGCGUCGCCGUCAGGACCCUUUUCCACGGGGAGCGCGUCCUCCUGGACCAUGUCUUCGCCGGCUCCGACGCCGUCCGGGAAGUCGUCUUCGCUGACAUCGCGGGCGAGGCCGCACUCCAGUUCCUCGGCUUCCCGGAGUCAGUGGCCAAGUCGAAGCGGUCCCCCGAGAAGCUAUUCCGACUCUUGGACUUGUACGACGCUGUCACCGAGCUGCGGCCGGACAUCGAGCUAAUCUUCUCCUUCGACUCCACCGCCGCUAUUCGGGCGCAGGCUCUCGCGUCACUCUCCAAGCUCGCGGAGGCCGCGAGCGCCACCCUCGCUGAUUUCGAGUCGGCGAUCAUGAAGGAAUCGUCCCGGUCGACGGUCCCCGGUGGUGGGGUCCACCCGGUGACCCGCAACGCCAUGAACUAUAUAUCGCUUCUCGCCGACUACCAGUCCGCCCUCGUGGAGAUCUUAGCCGACUUCCCCAUUCAGACCCCAACCGCCAUCCCUGCUUUCCUCUUCGACACGUGGCAGGCACCGACGGAGCAGCAGACUGCUGUCUCCGGUUCUUCCUCAACCCCAGCCUCCUCCUCCUCCAGCGAAGGGAGCCGCCGCUCGGCAAUUGCUGUGCGGUUCGCGUGGCUGAUCCUCUCCCUACUGUGCAAGCUAGACGAGAAGGCCGCAGCGUACCGUGACGUGGGCUUGUCGUACCUCUUCCUGGCGAACAACCUCCAGUACAUAGUGAACAAGGUGCGGUCUUGCCGCCUGCGGGAGCUGCUUGGGGAGGAGUGGGCGACGCGGCAGGCGGCGAAGGCGAGGCAGCACGCGGCGGGGUACGAGAGGGCGGCUUGGGGACGAGUGGCGGCGACGAUUCCGACCGGGAAUGUCUCAGCCGGAGAGGCAAGGGGGGGUAUGCGGGCGUUCAACGCGGCGCUGGAGGAGGUCCGCGCAGCCGGAUCCGGGUGGGUGGUGGCGGACGCCGCGAUGCGGGAGGAGGUGAGGGCGAAUGUGCGCAGGAUGAUACUGCCGGCGUAUCGCGGGUUCUACACCCUGUGGGAGACGGCGAUGGAGGACGCGGCGGCGGUGCUGCUCUCGCCAGACGACGUCGGGAACCGGCUGGGAGAGCUCUUUUCCGGUUCGGGAUCGUACCGGCCCAAGGCAUCAUCAUCCCGGACCGUGUAAUUUUGGUUUAUUUUGUUUAAUCUAUUUCGGAUACUUCUUACAGCUUAUAUAUCAAAAAUUUAGAUUGUAAUCCAUUUCACGUUGUUCACUGUUCCUUCAAAGUUGCAUGAUACCGAUG